AAAAAAAAUCAAAAUGCGUACAAGCAGAGCUUCUUCAGUCACCAAAAAAUGGCUGCUUUUCUCACAGCUUUGUCUUCUGAAGGAUCUCGUAAUCAGAUGCGUACGUCAGUUCAUCAGAAGAGCUAAAGCGAUGCUUCUGAGUCAAAACGUCGUCGUCGAAGCUGCUGAGAUCAGUGUCGUCGUCGACGUUAAGUCAUCUCAACAAGAUCUCAAUAGCUUUCAGAUUGCUCAAGUUCGAAUCCGUGACUCUGUUUGUAUCGAGAUUCCCGUUCCCGAAGAAACGCCCUUGUUAGGAUCGGUGAAGACUUGUUCUGUAGCUGAAGAGGAUGUUACUGAGUUUGUCCCCAAGAUAAGUUCUGGGAGUUAUGCGGAUAAAGGCUCGAGGGAGUACAUGGAAGAUGAACACAUAUGCAUAGACGAUCUUUCAUCUCAUCUCGCCUCUUCCUUCUUCAGAUUCCCUGUUCCCGUUGCUUUCUACGGUGUGUUUGAUGGCCAUGGUGGAUCUGAAGCUUCUCAGUAUAUUAAAGAGAAUGCGACAAGAUUGUUCUUUGAAGACGAUGUGUUUAGAGAGUCUCACUUUGUUCUGAACAACUUUUUCUUGCAAGAAGUUGAGAGAUCUCACCGGGAAGCUUAUAGGUUAGCUGAUCUCGCCAUGGAAGAUGAAAGCAUUGUUAGUGGUUCGUGCGGAACAACCGCAUUGACAGCUCUUGUGAUCGGACGGCACUUGAUGGUUGCUAACGUAGGUGAUUGCCGUGCGGUGCUAUGCAGGAAAGGGAAAGCUGUUGAUAUGUCGUUUGAUCAUAAGUCUACGUUUGAGGCGGAGCGGAGACGGGUGGAGGAGUUAGGAGGGUACUUUGAAGAGGAGUAUAUAUACGGUGAACUCGCGGUUACAAGAGCACUUGGAGACUGGUCACUGAAGAGGUACUCUUCCUUGGGAGGUUCUUUGUCGCCUCUGAUCUCAGACCCGGAGAUUAAGCAGAUGGUUUUGACGGAGGAAGAUGAGUUUUUGAUAAUGGGAUGUGACGGUGUUUGGGACGUGAUGACAAGUCAGUAUGCUGUUACGUUUGCCAGGCAAGGGCUGAGGAGACAUGGGGACCCGAGGAGAUGUGCGAUGGAACUUGGAAGGGAAGCGUUCAGGCUUGACUCGGCGGAUAAUGUUACAGUGUUGGUCAUCUGCUUCACGUCUUCGUCCACAACCCCUCAGAGGAGAAAAAUACAGUUUUGUGUUUCUGAUGAAGCCAGAGCCAAAUUACAGACGAUGCUGCAAGGCUAACGGGUUUGUUUGUGUGCGGUCUUGAGGGGGACAAAGUGUAUAUAAACAUAGAAAGCAGAGAGAUAAAACCCUCCUUAAGUCAAAGAUUGUUUGAUGACAUUUAACAUCUCUCUCUGAUAUUGGAUGAAAUAAAAAAUGAAGCAGACAAAAAGGAGAAGAUGAAGUGACUUACUUAGUUACUUGUGUUUUGCUGUUUUAAAUGUGCAUAAGUGUUGUAGCCGUUUUUGAUCUGUGUUUGAUUGGCUAUUUUCUCCAGUAGAGAGGAUUAGUGAACACUUAUGUACAUAAUAAACUGAUUUAAGAAUAAAGGGAAAUCCCAGGUUAUAUAAA